AUGUCCACUUCCCUUCGUGUAUACACCGUACUCGCCUUGGUGGUUUGUGCCUUGACCCUGGGCCUCGGUAUUGUGAUCGGUUACUUCAUUCAGGCAUCGGCGGAAACUUUGCUCCUUCCAAAAGACCAGCGGGCUUGCGACAUUGGAUACGGAAGUCACCUACCCCAGGUACAAAGAUUCUUAGAACGGAACAUUAUUGAAGCAUGCGCUGCCGAAACAUGUGAUAUUCCUUUGCCUCGUAUCUAUGUGUCAGAACACCUUUACGACGAACAGAUAGUUGUAGAUGGAUUACUGGACGAAACCGCAUGGGCACAGGCGCCGUGGUCCGAGAAGUUUGUUGAUUUGGAAGGUCGGAGCGACAAAGUUCCUCUCUUGAACACUCGAGUGAAGUUACGAUGGGAUGAUAGUAGACUUUACAUUGGAGCUCUGCUAGAAGGGUCACAUGUGUGGGCGAACAGAACACAACACGAUUCUGACGGUUUAUUUCAUACUUUUCUUUUUCUUUAUAAAGAACGAUUUUUCUUCUUCAUAAAAUGA